AUGGAAAAUAACGUGUUGCCUUCAUUACUGCGAGAUUAUGCUCCUGACGAUGUAUAUAACGCUGAUGAAUUCGGAUUGUUUUUUAAGCUUAUGCCAGAUAAGUAUUUUGUUUUUAAAAAUGAGACAUGCUAUGGUGGAAAGUUGAGCAAGGAACGACUCACGGUCUUAGUAUGUACAAAUUCUACAGGCACCCAUAAAUUGAAGUUGGUCGUCAUUGGAAAAAGUAGGUCUCCUCGCUGUUUCAAAAAUGUUCGUACGUUACCAUGUGAAUACCUUGCUCAAAGUCGUGCUUGGAUGACAGGAACACUAUUCAUGAACUGGAUUCAACAGCUAGAUGUACUUUUCGGUAAACAAAAGAGAAAAAUUAUUCUAUUCGUCGACAAUUGUCCAGCUCACCCUAAAGAUAUCCCUACUACCAAUAUAAAGCUUGUUUUCUUUCCACCAAAUACUACAUCUAAGUUACAACCUCUAGAUCAGGGUAUCAUUAAAGUGAUAAAACAAAAGUACCGAAAAAAGUUAGUUCAGCGGUACUUGAGAGACAUGGAGAGUACCGACCAAAUUUCAGCCAAAGUUAAUGUUUUGGACUCCAUACAUUACAUUAGUGCCGCUUGGGAUGAAAUUAAACCAGAUGUAAUAAUAAACUGUUUUCGAAAAGCUAUAUUUGUUGUUUUGAACAACUCUGAACAGGCUGAUAGCUCACCUUUAAAAGAAGAGGACUUUCAACUUCUGCAAAAUUUUGCUGAUUAUGCAACAAUAGAUGAUGAACUCGUAACCAGUAGCACUCGGACUUUAGAUGAAAUAAUCGCUGAUACAAACUUAGUGGAGAAUGAGAAAGAAGACGACGAUCAAGAAGAAGAUCAAGACUUUCCAGUAUCUACUCCUACAAUUUCUUCUGGUUUGCAACAUCUAUCGGAAAUUCGGAAAGUAUUAUCCUCUGUUGAAAAUUCCGAAGAAAUGUUAGGUUGUCUUAAUAAAAUUGAAAACUUUCUUGCUGAAACGCAUUCACAAAAAUAUGAGUAUGAAUAUUGUAAUUGUAAUUAA